AUGGGAGGGACAGAGGCAGAAGUGUUCCCCUGUGGUGGAGUGCAGCGGACACCGGCCCAUAGGCACACACCGCUCACAGAAGCGUGCCUAAAAUGCAUCGCGGGAGACUAUUUUGCGCUGCUGUGGUGUCCAAUCCAGCAAUUGAUUGACACCAGCAAAUGCCCCACUGGCAGCGGCGCUCAGAGCGGUGGCUUUAGUGCCGAUCGUGACCCGUUAAAGGUUAAGAAAACUCACUGUGACUCUCAUGUUCCAGACCCCUCCAGCUCCAGGUCUAUGGAAAUGCAGGAGCUAUCACGUCCUCACAACUGUUUAGGAGUUGGGGACUCGACAGGCUCCAAGCUGGACAAGGACAAUCUGGGCAGCCCCUCGAUCACCACCAAUGGCACAGGGGGUGAAAACAUGACAGUGUUAAACACGGCUGAUUGGCUGUUGGGCUGCAGCAGCCCGUCCCCCGCCUCAGGCUCCAAGGACUAUGUAAAAACGGAGCCGAUAAACAACAGUGACACAGCGACCACCUCAGGCGACACCGUCCUGGACACGUACGCGGGCUCAGUCAUCACCAGCAGCGGCUACAGCCCUCGAUCAAGCCACCAGUACUCUCCCCCGCUCUACCCGUCCAAGCCAUACCCUCACAUCCUCUCCACCCCCACGGCUCCGCCCAUGCCCUCUUACCCGGGACAACCCCAGUUCACCAACAUGCAGCAAUCCACUGUGUAUACCACCUACCCUCAGACGGGACAGCCGUACGGACUUUCAACAUAUGACCUGGGAGUUAUGUUGCCGGGGAUAAAGACCGAGAGUGGUCUUUCCCAGAGCCAGUCGCCGCUCCAGACAGGCCUCAGCUACAGCCCUGGAUUCACCACACCUCAGCCGGGACAGACUGCCUACUCACCCUAUCAGAUGCCAGGUUCCAGUUUUACUCCGUCUUCAGGACUUUACACAACGAACAACUCAAACCCCGCCAACUACACUGCCACACAGCAGGACUAUCCCUCAUAUACGACAUUUGGCCAAAACCAGUAUGCCCAGUAUUAUUCCACCUCCACUUAUGGGGGAUAUAUACCCUCAAACACUGUGGAUGGGACAGGCGCAACCACAGCCUACCAACUUCAGGACCCCUCCCCAGCCAUGACGGGACAAGCCGCUGAACUCCAUCCAGGGGAUUUUGACACGGUACAGAGCCCCUCCACGCCCAUCAAAGAGCUGGACGACCGAGCCUGCCGGAGUGGGGGGUCCAAGUCGCGAGGCAGGGGCCGCAAAAAUAACCCUUCCCCUCCCCCUGACAGCGACCUGGAGAGAGUUUUUGUGUGGGACUUGGAUGAGACGAUCAUUGUCUUCCAUUCGUUACUCACAGGAUCGUAUGCACAAAAAUAUGGCAAGGACCCUCCUAUGGCUGUGACUCUGGGUCUCAGGAUGGAGGAGAUGAUCUUCAAUCUGGCGGACACUCACUUAUUCUUCAAUGAUCUGGAGGAGUGCGAUCAGGUUCAUAUUGAUGAUGUAUCAUCUGAUGACAAUGGUCAAGACUUGAGUACUUACAGUUUUGCAACUGAUGGCUUCCAUGCAGCUGCAACCAGCGCCAAUCUGUGCCUGGCUACGGGCGUGCGCGGCGGCGUCGACUGGAUGAGGAAACUGGCCUUCCGCUACCGCCGCGUCAAAGAGCUCUACAGCUCUUACAAAAACAAUGUGGGGGGUCUGUUGGGUCCGGCUAAGAGAGACGCCUGGCUGCAGCUCAGGGCAGAGGUGGAGGCUCUGACCGACUCGUGGCUCACUCACGCACUCAAGUCCCUGUCCAUCAUCAGCUCCAGGAGCAACUGUGUGAAUGUACUGGUGACGACGACACAGCUCAUCCCAGCUUUGGCUAAAGUCCUGUUGUAUAGUCUCGGCUCCGUGUUUCCGAUCGAGAACAUUUACAGUGCAACAAAAAUAGGCAAAGAGAGCUGUUUUGAGCGUAUAGUGUCCCGCUUUGGCACUAACAUUACAUAUGUUGUGAUUGGCGAUGGGAAGGACGAAGAGCAUGCGGCGAGCCAGCACAACAUGCCUUUCUGGAGGAUAUCCAGUCACUCUGACCUGCUGGCAUUACACCAAGCACUGGAAUUCGAGUACCUGUAA